UCGGUUUGAUAUGGUCAUCAUUACCAAAUCAUCAUCAGUCAUCAUCAUUACGUGUUAAUAGAGUGUUGGAAGUCUCACCACCCAUCUUAAAAUAGUCAGCUUUGUUCAAAAUAGCUUCAUUGGCGAUUAUCCAGAAGAACAAUAAACCACCUUUUGAUGUCAAAAAAUAGCUUAAAUAAUAAAUUUAUUUGCUUCCUCAAAAGUAAAAAAAGAACCUAAGAAAACCAAUCCAAGGGCACAAGAAAAGAAAAAAAAUUCUUAACGUGGUGGUAAUGACGUCUUCUUCUUCAUCCUCCUUACUCGUCGUCAUUACCUUUCUCCUCUUCUCGCCUCUCUGUUUAUCUCGUGAGUCACCUUCCCAAAUCCCAGACGGAACCUUAAAUCUCUCUUUACUCUGGUACGGACAAUUCACCCCCGUCCAAAAAGAGAGGGUUCAUGAUUUUAUUGAAUCGCUUAACUAUGACGCCAAGGAAGGUCUUGAUCCCAAGGUAUCUGCAUGGUGGAAAGUGGUGGAGAGUUAUCAAGAGAGGUUCGAGGUCAAAGAGAUUUACCGACAGAAGAGUAGCAGAAUCGUAGCUCCGAUGAUUAAGGUGAAGGUUGUCAGGAGUUAUGUAGAUGAGAAGAUGAUGUUUGGAAAGGAUUUGACAAUUGAUAAUGGUGAAAAACUGGUUGAGACAGCCGUCGGAAACAUGUCGAAAGUGGUGCCGGUUGUAUUACUUUCAUCACAAGUUAGGGCUCAUAACGUAGGGUUUUGUAACGCAACUUGCCAAGAAUACGGCCUUACCAUCAAGAGUAAUAUCAAAGGUCAAGAAAAGAAACAACCAUACAUAAUGGUGAGCGACCCGGAGGUGCAAUGUCCUGGAGAAUGCGCUUGGCCUUUCCGCAUGGCCAACAAAGGUCCACAUGGCAUGACCUAUCAACCACCAAGUGGUGAAAUAGGAGCCGAUGCGUUGAUUAUUCAGCUAGCCACCGGUUUGGCCGACGUCGCCACUAAUCCAGCUAUAACCGAAUCAUUGUUCAAAUCUGAGCCACCCUACAGCACCGACGGGAACCACAGCUCUUCUAUUUAUAUCGUGGACCCUGCAACCAAGUGCUAUAGGGUUUUCGGAUCCGGAGCUUUUCCAGGUUUUACAGGAAGAAUCCGGGUUGACCCGCUUACCGGUGGAGCCUUCAAUUCACACGGAAUCAACCACUUGAAAUUCUUGAUUCCUUCUAUUUGGGACCCUAAAACAAAAUCUUGCUAUACUCCGAUGUAACCGUUGUUAUUAUUAUCAAAUGCUAAUCAGUGUUCAUUAUCCUUUUGGCAAGCUUGAUUUUUAUAAAGGA